UAUAAGUGUCGUAAAGAGAAAAUAAAACCGCAAAAUGUGAUACGAUGCUUGCUUUCCCCCUGUAUAUACGUAGAAUGAGGGUGUAAAUAAGCGGUGAAUGGCGUAGAACUUGUUAUACCGUUCGGGCAACCCACCUGCCUAUUUAGGAAACCAGUGUAUCGGCAGGUUGGGAGAUUCCAAAACACAUGCCCAGCCUUCAAUGAGAGCAAAAACAUAUAUGUAGGAAGGGCGUCAGGAACAAAUGCUACUCCACUUCACAGCCAUCCUCGUGCUUGGCAUCAAUUCACAGUCAGAUCCGGAUACGUACGUGCCCGUCCCUUCUGUACGCCUUUAACCAUUCUUUUCUCUUCGUCCUUCUUCUCCCUUUGAACAUCCCGUCGAAAUCAACCCACCAGAAAGUUCGCUCCCGAACAUCCUCCCAACCAGCGCCUGAAGCGUGGAUUCUCCAAGAUAUCUAGGGCUUGUCCAGACGUUAUUGCUUCGUCUAGAGUCUAAUCUCUUUGGUCAAGGGUAGAUUUCCCUUUUUGACUUGUUUUGUAAGUAUGCUACAACGAACCGGAAGUAGAGAUAUCUCCUUGCUUGUCUAUCGUAGAUUGAGGAACUGCGAGACAUUUGUUAUUAUUAUUUUUCUUUUCUUUUUUUUUAAAAAAAAAAGAAAAAGAAAAACCUCACAAUCUCUCACCGUCGCUUUAACUCUUCCCACGACAUCCGUCGUCGGCUGGCUUGCCCUGUUGUCCAGGAGGAGCUCAGCUGAAAGAUGAGAAGGGAGAAGAGAUCGAAGUACUUCUCUGGUACUGGAAGAAGCUGGCAACGUUACUUCCAGAUUGAUCUGCGGUGGCCUACGUCCCAGUGGGGUUGUCUGGAUAAUCUCAAGUUCAUUUGCAACACGGGAGAUGCAGUGCUCUUUGCAGCACAUCUGCUGGUGGCCGGUCGCCCCGAUGGUGCGACUUUAGCCAGAGGGGGAAGGCCGGUCCUUGCUGUGAUCAGAUUCCGGGGAAGGAAACAGAUACAUAGCUCUAGCCAACCAACCGGGACGACCAAGUCAACCUGUGACCGGAGGCGUCUGCAGGUUCAAGCUGAGACCGCCCGCUUGCUGCAGCCAGGUCAACAACAACAACAACAGCAGCAGCAGCAGCAACAGCAACAGAAAGCAGCACCAUUUGACAACGGCAGCAAGACCUGCGCCGACGAUGAGCGAAAAAAAAAGAAAAAAGAUAGGAGAGGGCCGCGGUCUAAUUGGGCAGCCCGAACCGGCUAG